UGUCAAAACUGGUCAAAACAAUCGGAAUUGAAUGUUUUAAAUAUUAUUCAUUAAGUAAUUUAAUAACGAUUCCAUAACGAACCAAAAACUUCAACACAACAAAAUGAAAGAACGAAUACGAAUCACCAUCGCCAAAAUCAGACCUAAACUCCACACAGCAAAAGCGCACCUCCUCAAAUUAGCACCCAAACAGAAAUCCAAGCGCUUGACCAUCCUCCUGCUAUUGCUCCUGUUGUCCUGCUCUCUCCUGUGUUGUCGGAGAAGGAGGCAGUGCUCGGCGCUGGAGGGGUAUGAGGCGGCGGUGCGGGGGGACGAGGCCCGGCUGCUGGGCGCGCUCGGGGACGCGGGGGGGGACCACCUCUGUAGGACUCAUACGGCGGAGAUGGUGAAUUUAGUGCCGUAUAACAGGAGCAUACCAGACGUGUGCCACCCGCUGUGCGCGCGCGCAGCCUACCCCCCCGCGCUGCCCCGCGCCUCCGCCGUCAUCGCCUUCCGUGACCCCCCCUACCCCGCGCUGCUGCGGACGCUGUGGAACCUGCUGGCAGCCUCCGGGUGGGUGGAGGGGGGCUACAGGGGAAGGAGGGCGCGUGGUGGGGUGAAUGGGAGUCGGGCCCAGCCUCCCUCCCCCCAUUACUUGGAGGAGAUAAUCCUGGUGGACGCGGCGUCCUCGCGCGAGGAGCUGCGGGGGAAGCUGACGCACUAUGUGAGGACGCGCCUGCCGCCCGGCCUCGUGAGGAUCAUCAGAUUACCACACUAUGUGGGCCGCACGCACGCUCGUGCCAUUGGCGCCCGCGCAGCCAAUGGGGAGAUCCUGCUGUUCAUGGAGGCCGGCAGCGAGGGCUCUCGUGAUUGGUUGCGGCCGCUGCUGCACCGCGUGGCGACCAACCGCAGGGUGGUGGCGGUGCCGGUGCAGGACCAGAUCAAUGCCGCAACGUUGGAGUACUCGGAGAUUGUGCUGUUUGAGACCUCGAUCGGUGGCUUCGACUUCUCCGGUGACUUCCUCUGGCUGCCGGUCCCCGGCGGCCGCCAGCCCGCGCCGCGCAGCAAGGUGGACCCCGUGCCAUCACCGAUCAUGUACGGGCGCGUGUUUGCCAUAGACCGCGCGUGGUUCCGCACGCUCGGUGGCUUCGAGGGCGCGCUGGCGGACGCGGCGGGGGACGCGCUGCAGCUGUCGCUCAAGAUCUGGAUGUGUGGAGGCUCCAUCGAGACCAUCCCGUGCUCCCACGUGGGCUCCCUGGAGCCGCCCGUGGAGCCUGCGGGGGCGGGCGCGGGCGGGGCGCGGGGGGCGCGCGCGAGGGCUGCAGUCGGAUGGAUGGACGAAUACGCAGAGCUGUUCUUUAUGUUUAACCCGGAGCUGAGGCAGCAGCAAUUGGAAACAGCGGCGGAAGACGAGACGUCACUCCUCGACUCACCGGAUGUGUCGUCACUCCUGGACCCACCGGACGUGACGUCACUCCUGGACGCGGGCGGCGACGUGGCGUCAUCGCUGAGGCUGCGCGCGCGCCUCCGCUGCCGCCCCUUCAGCUGGUACAUGCAGCACGUGUACCCGGACAAGUUCCUGCCAUUCGUGGACGUCGUGGCGUGGGGGCGCCUGGCCACCCCCGCCCCCCGCCAGCUGUGCGCGACGGGCGGCGGGCUGCCCCGCGUGCGCGCGCUGCCCUGCGCCAGGCGCCUGCGCGGCGACCAGCUGUGGGCGCUCGACCGCCAGCAGCGGCUCCGGAACGACGAGAAGUGCCUCGUCGUGUUUAACACUUUCCUACCGAUAGACAUGAGGGGAGUAGUGUUCAUGGUGUGCACGGUGGGAGAGCCCAGACAUAAUGAGCGCUGGGAGCUCCACUCGGGCUCGCUCCGCCACGUGGCGAGCGGCGCGUGCCUGGACGCGGGCUGGCUGGCGGGCGGGCCGCUGCUGCCCGGGCGCUGCGGCGGCGGCGCCACGCAACUGCGGUUCGACUUCCACGGCGACCAGCCCAUGUUCAGCAAGAAAGAGCUAUUCUCAUCCAAGGAGCAGCUGAUAGCUCUAGAGAAGAUCCGUCACGCGCGCGCCGCGGAGCUCCGGAACGACUCCGCGACGGAUGUCAGUAUUGGUAUAGACUAAUAAUAUUAGUCUAUGGUAUUGGGACGGACGUCCGGGUCAGGACGGAUGUCAGAGCGGGGACGGGGGCUGUGGGGACGGAUGGUAGUCAGCGGGCAUCUUCCUGUGGCGGCCAUUUCAAUGAACUGAUGUAAACUCUGAUAGAUGGUUUACAAACUGGACAUUGGUGAAGAAUCUAGAUACUAUCAAGUUAGGUACCUGAUAAUUUGUAUGCCAUUUAUUUUUACUUUUGGAUUAUAAUUUAGAUAGUGUAGGAAUUAUAUUCAAAAUAAUUAAAGAUGGGAAAUCUA